AUGGGCUCUCUCCACAACGGUGACUCGAGCUGCUCCCCUCCUACCACAAUACUCCAGCGCAUUAACCUGGUCCAGGUACGUCUCAUCAAUGAACGAAACCUCAGAUCCAGGCAGCAGCAGCACCGUCUAGUAUAUCGGUCCUGUAAGUGGAUGCCUCCUUGCUCGCGUCUGGAAGUCCAGCAUCAGGGCAACCCUGCCAGUCUCAGCUCGGCGGGAACGGACACAACCCCGCCCUACACCUGCAAGUUUAUGGGGCUGGGACUCCUGCGUGCUCCGUUGGUGCUUCUUGCUCUCCUAUACUCGGAGCUCGACUCGCUCUCGGAAGGGGGUCGGCGUGAAUCUCCGUCCAAACAGGCCCUUCGAUCCCCUUUUGCUCGGGAAAAGAAAAAGCUGGACGCGCAGGGUUGUGGAAAAGCACCACUUAAUAAUAUAUGGGAAGGGUCUCGGAUAAUAGGGGGUAAAGUUGCUGAUAUUGGCUCUUGGCCAUGGAUUGUCAGCCUACAACUUCCGAAUGAGAAAACGUUUGUUCAUUUAUGUGGAGGUUGUUUAAUAGCUGAAAGGUGGAUUCUUACAGCUGCUCACUGCAUUAGAACUAGAGAUCCAGCCUUUUGGAGAGCUGUAAUUGGAACCAAUUUUCUAUAUGAAAAACAAACCAAAAUGAUGGAAGUCCAGGAAAUCAUUGUCCAUCCUAACUUCAUAUUGGAAACUUAUUUAAAUGAUGUUGCACUUUUUUAUUUAAAAAAAGCAGUGACAUAUACUAACUACAUACAGCCUAUCUGUCUACCUUUUGAUGUUUUCCAAAAAUUGGACCAAAACACUGCAUGUUAUGUAAGUGGCUGGGGAUUAACGAAAGAAAAAGGUAAUAUCACAACUACAUUACAGGAGGCACAAGUUCAUUUCAUUUCUCGAGCUAUUUGUAAUUCUGUGGAUAGUUAUGCAGGAUUAAUUCCUAAUAGUUCAUUUUGUGCAGGUGAUGAAGACGGAAAGUUUGAUACUUGCAGGGGUGAUAGUGGUGGACCAUUAAUGUGCUACUUGCCAGAACAUAAGCAAUUUUUUGCAAUGGGAAUUACCAGUUAUGGAUUUGGAUGUGGUCGAAAAAAUUUUCCUGGUGUGUAUAGCGGGCUGUCCUUCCACCAAAAUUGGUUGCUUCAUCAACUCAACCAGGCAAGAAACAAUGAAAUUCAAGCCAUUCUUGAAAGAAAUGUUGAAAUCAAGAAGCUAAGUCGGCCAUUUCUUAAUCAAACUCCUCGUGCUAAGCAGGCUUAGAAAUGUGUUAAUCACAAAAAUGUAAUUGGCCUUUUGAAUGUUUUCACAUCGCAGAAAUCUUAAGAAGAAUUUCAAAAUGUUUACGUAAUUAUUGAGCUCAUGGAUGCAAAUCUAUGCCAAGUGGUUCAGAUGGAAUUACCUCAAAGGAUAUCCUACCUUCUCUAUCAGAUGCUGUGUAGCAGCAAGCACCUUUAUUAUUCAGAUAUUCAACAGGACUUAAAACUCAAUAAUAUAGACGUAAAAUCAGACUGCAAUUAGAAGAUUCUUGACUUUGGAUUGGUCAGGACUGCAGGAACUAGUUUUAUGACGACAACUUAUGUGGUUAACUGCUACUACAGAGUACCAGAGGUCAUCCUAGAACUGGGCUACAAAGAAAACGUUGACAUUUGGUCAGUUGGGUGUAUCAUGGGAGAAAUGAUCAAAGGUGGUAUUUUGUUCACAGGUACAGAUCAUAUUGAUCGAUGGAAUAAAGUUGUUGAACAGCUUGGAACACCAUGUCCUAAUUCAUGUGAAUUCAUGAAGAAACUACAACCAACAGUAAAGGCUUAUGUUGAAAAUAAACUUAAGUGUGCUGGAUAUAGCUUUGAGAAACUCUUCCCCGAUGUACUUUUCCCUGCUGACUUGGAACACAAUAAAUUUAAAGCCAGUCAGGCAAGGGAUUUAUUAUCCAAAAUGCUGGUUCUUGAUGCCUUUAAAAGGAUCUCUGUAGAUGAAGCUCUUCAGCACCCGUAUAUCAAUGUUUUGUAUGAUCCUCCUGAAGCAGAAGCACAGCCACCAAAGGUACCUGACAAGCAGUUAUAUGAAAGAGAAUACACAGUAGAAAAAAGGAAAGAAUUGAUAUACAAGGAAGUUAUUUAUUUGGAGGGGAGAACCAAGAACGGGCAGCCCUCUCCAUUAGCACAGGUGUAG